AUGGGUAAAAGUCAUUCGACGCAUGGAUGGCCUGUCGAGAUUGAAAACCUGCCUGAUCAGCUCAGAUCGCGCUCCUUGAGAGAAAUUUUGCAGGUGAAUACCCUCCUCUUCUUACUAUGCUCUAAGACUAAUUUCCCAGACAACCCUCUUUCAGCAAACGCCAUGUCCAGAAGAAUUAAUAUUGCUUGUCAAAUUGACCAACAAAAUCGCUUUUCACCGAGUCAAAUAUCAUUCUCAUCGCCCUUUCGAAUGCGAACAAAACUGAGCAAUGAUGAGCAGCACCUCUAG